UUAACAAGGGGUGGAGGAAAAAUAUCAGCAAACUACCGAAAGAACAUUAGGUCUUACAAUUCCAUGUUUGCGUUCACAUCAAUGGGGGGGGGGGACUUUGGAUAAGAAAAUAAACGAAGGGCGUGGACCUUAUGUGUUCCGACUGAAUGGCCAGAACCGCCACCAGAUAGGAACCCUACUACCCGAAGAAGGAAAUAGGCCUCGUUUCCAGCAGUUGUAUAUCUAUGACACAGAUAAUGAGAUCCAGAAUAGGGUAGAAGCAUCAAGAUCUGGUGAACGUGAUGCCUCACUAAAAGGGCAACCUGGUGCAUGUAGCUCCCGCUUGCGCAGGGUCCAGGGAAGGGUCCGACCACUUUGGGUCUAUAGUACGCAGCCUUUCCCUACAUUUCUGUAAGAGGCUGUUUCCAGGACUUGAACCCAUGACCUCAUGGUCACAAGGCAGCAGCUUUACCACUGCGCCAAGGCUCCCCUUCACGUGAUGCCUCACUAAAGCAAACAAUUGUCAGUGGCCUACUAAGCAUGCUCGACGAGAAUAACACAUUAGCACAAUCAUUCCGAAUGGCAAGAGAUAGAUUUAAAGAAGAUGACUACAACAAUUUCACUCUGCGUUUACUUGGCAGCAGGGAUCAAGAUGGGAGGCAAGAUAACAUGCCAUCAAUAUCAGAAGUUGCUGCACUGAUAGUCAAAGAUCCAACCCAAAAACAUUACGGACGUGACAUUGUUCUCGAGUACAAAGAUAUGAAACCUAAAAGGAUAUCAGAAAUCCAUCCAAAAUUCAUGGCCAUGCAAUACCCGUUGCUCUUCCCAUAUGGGGAAGAUGGUUAUAGACUUGGAAUCAAGUACAAAAAAAAGAAAGGUGUAAGUAACAAGAAAUACAUCACCAUGCUGGAAUACUAUGCAUAUCACCUCCAACAGCGCCCAGGCCAGUCAAUGUUAAUGCUAAUGUGUGGAAAUCUGUCGAUGCAGUUUGUGGUAGAUGUCUAUACAUGCAUCGAACAGGAUAGGCUCAAUUGGAUCAGAAAAAAUCAAGGAAAUUUAAGAACACAACUUUAUGAUGGACUACAGGAUGCAUUCAGAAAAGGAGACACGCUGACAGAGCAAGUAGGGAGGAGAAUAGUACUCCCAGCAAGUUUCACAGGAAGUCCUCGAAACAUAGAGCGAAACUACCAAGAUGCAAUGGCAAUAUGCCGUUGGGCUGGACAUCCUGACUUGUUCAUAACAUUCACAUGCAACCCUAAUUGGCCUGAGAUUCAGUUGAUGCUAGAUGAAGCCGGGAACCAGAAACCAGCAGAACGACCUGACAUUGUAGUUCGAGUGUUCAUGAUAAAACUAAAAGAGCUAAUGUUUGAUAUUAAGAGUAAACAACAUUUUGGAAAGACUAAAGCAAUCAUCUUCACAAUAGAAUUCCAGAAGAGAGGACUCCCACAUGCCCAUAUACUAAUAUUCCUUGACAGAAAAGAGAAAGGGAAGUGUCUCAAGCCCUCACAAACAGAUCAAAUUAUAUGCGCUGAAAUCCCGGACAAGGACAGGGAUCCGGAAACAUUUGAAACUGUCAAGAAUUUUAUGAUGCACGGACCAUGUGGUGAGGCAAAUCCAAAGUCACCCUGCAUGGAAAAACGUAUGUGA